AUGGGAAGAGGAAAUAACUGCAGCUGGAUGGGGGCAGAGAUACCUCUGUCUUCUGAGUUCUUCAGUGUGAUUAGCAGCGACCUGUGGCUCUUCCUCAUCCCAGCUGGGCUGGCUGUCAUCCUGCUAGCCUUGUUCCUGGAAGAGAUGGGCUUCUUUUAUCGAAAUGUGGCCUCCUCCAAACGCAGGCACCUCUACCUCUGGAUUAUGGGCAUGUACCCGGUUUUUGGAAUGACCUCUAUCACUGCUCUUUAUGUACCUCGCUCCUCUUCUCUCUGUAAUUUCAUUGCCUCCCUGUAUCACUCCAUAACAUUGCUGAAAUUCAUGGGUCUGAUCACAGACUUCUUUGGGGGAAAAGCCAGGAUGCUGGAGGCUCUGGCUGGACAGCAGGUCUCUCCUGACCCUUUUCCCUGCUGCUGCUGCUGCUGUUUUCCCCUGAUUUCCAUCAACAGGACCAGCCUGGGAUGGAUGAUGGCAGCUGUUCUGCAGCUGUCUGUGGUGAGAACCAUCCUCUUUUUCCUUACGCUGGUCCUCUGGACAGAUGAACAGUAUGACUAUGGAGAUGUUGACUCACUUAACCCCAAUGUGUAUGUCAAUGCUAUCAUCGGUAUCUCCACCUUCCUGUCAUUCUACGGCUAUCUGCUGUUCUACAAGGCCACCAAACAGACCUUGCGCGGCUACGGGCUCCGUGCCAAGUUUGUCUGCAUCAUUGUAGUUCUGAUUCUGUGUGGGCUACAGAGCGGAAUACUGGAGACCAUGGGGGCACUAGAGAUCAUCCCCUGCACCCCCCCUUUCUCUGAUCUCAUGAGGUCCCAGCUUAUUUACCACUAUUCUGUAAUUGUGGAGAUGUUCUGCAUUGGCCUGUUUGCGCGACACAUCUUCCGAAAGGUAGAGCCACCACAAGAGGAGGGGCUGGGGGUGGACACUAACCUGGAGGUGGGACUGGCCAUAAACCACCAGCAAAGGAGAGGACAGCAAGAAAAGGAAAUUCAGACAGAGGAGGUGUGGCCACUCAGGGGACAGGUCAGCUUGAUUUCUAGGGAGCCAUGGGCAGGUUGGUCAGGAGGUGGAGCCUCUAAUCCUGGUUACCACAGUGACAGUGAGGACAGCCUGUGCCGGAUUGAGCAUGCUCCUCUUGAUCGCUUCCCCUUUCCUGUGAACCAUGGACCACCACAGACAGAGGACCAAGAGAAUACAGUUACCAGAACCUCCGAAUGUGCCUCUAUUGAGCUUUCCACAGUGACCCUCAGUGCAGAGAUCAACUACACUGACACAAGAGAAGCCACCGUGGUCUAA